AUGGUUGGGAAAUCGGACCUGGAUGACUUGUCUUGGCGCUUUGUUGCGUUCUCGCCCCUGCUCAUCUAUUUUUUGUCCCUCUACUGCAUUUCUGUCCUUGAUGUAGGCGCUGGAGAGGUGGAUAGCAAGAUGGAGGGCAUUGAGACUGCAACAGGAGAUACAGCUCUCUCUGUCGCCACGCAAGGAGCUGCUGGAGGAGUUGGGCCAGAGGCGCCAAAACUCCAGAUUGACAAUCUGGAAAAAGUGCAGUACACUGCUGGCAAAUCUCUCAGUGGGUUCAAAGCUGGGGAUCUCGUUCGUUGCGAGAUUGAAGCGAAGCAUAUCACUCAGGACAACUUGGGUAUCAAGGAACGCAGAAUUUGGGGCAACGAGCCCUACACGGACGAUUCAGACCUUGUUGCCAUUGCUGUGCACUCAGGAAUAAUCACUCCUACUGCUGAACCACCGAAGUUUUCUGUUCUGGUCAUGAUCAUGCGAAUUUUGGAAGGGCAGUCGGUUUAUACGAGCAGUAUGAGGAAUAGUUUGAAGUCCAGAUCACUGACGGGCUAUGAGCAUAAAGGCCUUUCGAUGAGAUUGGAGGGGAGUGCAAUCUGCAAAACGACAGAGGAUGAAGCCAAAUUGACGCACGUGGUUCUUCGCCCUGUUCGAUUGGAAAGAUAUUCCAUCAAGAGUCACAACGCUUUUUCUGAAGCUCGUGUCAUUUUCAGCUUGAGCAAUGAACCUGCAUUCAAAUAUUCAUUGUCCGUGGUAGCAGACAGAUCGCCAGAUGCAAAGUAUUGGACAUCAGUUCGGUUGCAGACACAGUCAAUGUACGCUGAGACCAGGGAUCGCAAACGAUAUGAGCUUUCGCUUGAAAAUCAUGUUCAAGGACAACCUGCGACUUACCGCUUUGCCGAAUGUCUCAAACCAAGAACCACCAGUAAAGCUGUGAUCCAAGAGGCUGGGGUCCCACUGCCAGAGGCUGACUGUACCAUCGUGGAGAAGGGAUUGCUGUGGAACCAAAUAGAGUGGGGCGUGUCUUCUGUCCGCAUUCGAGGAAACGUCUACAAGCUUGCCUGCCUUUUCUUCCUCCCAAAUUCUUCCCCAGUUUCAACUGGCAAGGAGUGA